AUGGGACCAGGGACCCUUUUCAGCCUCUUCUUCUGCCACCUUCUCUGGCUGGCCUGUGGCAACCCGGUGGAGAUAGGGGAAGGGAGCUUGCCUCAUGAAGAAGAACAUGAAGACUUGAGCUUCCUGCUUGAGGAAUACAAGCUUCUUAGAAACACAGCGUGCAACCCGAAAUGGACCAGCCACGGCUUUUACUGCUACAGGUAUUUCAACACGCCCCGGUCUUUCAGAGAUGCAGAGGAAGAAUGCCAGAGUUACGGUCGCAAUGUCCACCUCACGUCCAUCGCCUCCGCAUCCGACAGCGUCUUCCUUGCCAAGCUGUUGAAGGAGGCUGAAACUGACAUGUGGAUUGGUUUGGAAAAUGCAGAGAAUUGCUCCAUCUGGACCUGGAAGGACGGAACACCCUACAGUCCAUCCAUCGCCCCUUGGGACGAAGGGCAGCCCGAUCAAUGCGGCAAUGGCCACGUAUGUGUGCAGCUGACACAAAGCUCAAAAUAUUCCAAGUGGGACGACGUGGGAUGUGAAACCAGGAGUGGAUAUGUGUGUGAAACUCGUGCAUGA